AAGGAGGAGAGAUUAAUUGGUAGAGAAAGCAAUCUGCAGUUCUAAGAGCUGAAAAGAACCAGCUAACGUUCUUCUUUUUAAACCUCUAUGCAAAGAAAGUGAGAAUUGAGAAACACAUUCCUCUACGUCAAAGCCCAUCAAACUUCAUUUCUUCUGCUAUUUAUAUACACCUAACCCACUCACACCUAAUGUAGACCACCUCUCCCUCUUGAGAUCAUCAUCAAUCGCACAGUUGUGUCACUUGCUUUCUCUGGCUGGUCGGAAGCAACAACAGCAUACAAUUGACACAGAUAGAAAUAAUGACUCCCGGCAGUGUACCGUUGACUACUCUUGAUCUUCGCAUUGAGGAGGGAGCUCGAAGAAAUUCCACUCAAAUAUGUGCUCCGGUAAUGGCAGAAUCAGUUGAUCAAAUGCUAGUUCAAAUGAGAAAGGCAAAGGAAUAUGGGGCUGACCUUGUUGAAAUUCGGUUGGAUUUCCUGAAGAACUUCAGUCCUUCACAAGAUCUUGAAACCUUGAUUAAGCAAAGUCCUUUACCAACUCUUAUCACUUAUAGACCAAAAUGGGAGGGUGGCCAGUAUGAUGGUGAUGAAAGCAAGCGUCAAGAAGCAUUUCGCCUUGCCAUGGAAUUAGGAUCAGAUUUUAUUGAUGUUGAACUAAAGGCAGCUCAAGAGUUCUUCAGUUCCAUUCAAGGGAAGAAACCUGAAAAGAGCAAGAUUAUUGUUUCUUCUCACAAUUAUGAAUGUACUCCAUCUGUAGAGGACAUUGCUGACCUUGUUGCCAGGAUACAAGCUACUGGAGCUGACAUUGUGAAGAUUGCAACAACGGCUUUAGACAUUGUGGACAAUGCACGAAUGUUUCAAGUGCUUGUGCAUUCACAAGUCCCAAUGAUAGGACUGGUAAUGGGUGAGAGAGGUCUGAUGUCAAGAAUACUUGCAGCAAAAUUUGGAGGAUUUCUCACUUUUGGUUCCAUUGAGGCUGGAGUAGCAUCAGCUCCUGGGCAACCAACCAUUAAAGAUUUGUUGGAUCUGUAUAAUUUUAGACAGAUAGGGGCUGAUACCAAAGUACAUGGUGUUAUUGGAAAGCCUAUUGGUCACAGCAAAAGUCCUCACCUCUACAAUGCAGCAUUCAAGUCAGUUGGUUUCAAUGGAAUUUAUCUGCCUCUUUUGGUUGACAAUGUUGCAAAUUACAUAUCCACAUAUUCAUCUCCAGACUUUGUUGGAUACAGUUAUACAAUUCCUCACAAGGAAGAUGGACUUAAAUGCUGUGAUGAAAUCGAUCCAAUUGCCCAGGCAAUAGGAGCUAUUAGUUGCAUGAUUAGGAGAUCAACUGAUGGGAAGCUGAUGGGAUACAAUGUUGACUACCUUGGAGCUAUAGGAGCUAUAGAAGAGGCACUACGAGCAUCAAAUGGUUCCUCUACUUCUGGUUCCCCCUUGGCCGGUAAACUCUUUGUUGUCAUGGGAGCUGGUGGAGCUGGAAAGGCUCUUGCGUAUGGUGGAUACGAGAAGGGAGCAAGAGUUGUUGUUGCCAAUCGCACGUAUGAGAAAGCCAAAGAACUUGCCAGUAAAGUUGGAGGACAAGCAAUGACUCUAGAUGAACUGAGAGAUUUUCAUCCAGAAGAGGGAAUGAUUCUUGCAAAUACCACAUCAGUCGGGAUGAAACCAAGAAUUGACGAUACACCCCUUCCUAAGGAUGCUCUGAAACAAUACUCCUUGGUCUUUGAUGCAAUUUACACACCAAAAUUGACCAGGCUUUUAAGAGAAGCACAAGAAAGUGGGGCUACUAUAGUUUACGGGACGGAGAUGUUCAUCAAUCAAGCAUUUGUACAGUUUGAAAGAUUCACUGGCUUGCCUGCUCCAAAACAACUAAUUAGGGAUGUGUUAGCAAGAAAUACAUAAGAAGAAUUCCUCCAACUGAACUCUAUUUCUGCAUGUUUUUUUUCCAUUAUAAUGUAAUCAGCUGCUCAAUUAUUCUGUUGUAUCAAUAAAUUUCCGUUGAUGGAAGAACUUUGAAAAAUGAAUCUUCAUGCUAGGUUGUUUUAAUGUUGCUGUAGGUAAAUUAGUGCCA